AUGAGCAAUGAUACCGAUUACUACAACUACUCUGGAGAAGAUGAUGACCCACAUACAGUGUUUAACUGGAAUGAAUUGUUGCCGACCAUUGUCGUUUACGGCAUCACUUUUAUUCUGGGCCUGAGUGGAAAUAUUUUGAUUAUAUUUACAACUUUCAAGUACAGGAGGAUGCAGAGUGUCACUAACGUCUUCCUGUCUAGCUUAGCUUCUUCAGACCUUCUCCUAAUCAUGUUCUGUAUUCCCGUUAAGGUAGCCAAGCUUUUUUCUUACACAUGGGAAAUGGGUGCUGUUAUCUGUAAGAGUGUACAUUACAUGCAGAAUGUUUCGACAAUUUGUUCAGUUUUAACGUUGACGGCAAUCAGUAUAGAGAGAUACUAUGCAAUCGUACAUCCUAUGAAAGCUAAAUAUAUUUGUACUAUCAGCCAAGCGAAAAGAAUUAUAUUAUUGAUAUGGGGUCUAUCCCUGUUGCUAGCGACACCCACAUUAAAAGUGCAGAUACAUUUGCCUGUUGGACUUAACAAUGAGUACCGCUGGUGUGUCAGGAACUGGGAUAACCAACCAAUAUGGCGGUUUCACGAACUGUACAUGUUAAUUUUAAUUCUUGUACUACCAUUUUGUAUAAUGACGUUCUCGUACAGCUUAAUUUGUUGGGAAAUUUGGAAAGUUAUGGAACGACGCUCCGUGAUGACCAGCGAGUACGCAUUAACGAGAAAUUACGCGAUAGUAGUGAAUGGAAAGGGCGUUGAAAAUUUCGUUGUAACGGAAAAGAAAAAGCCCAAAGUAAGGAAUGGUCGCGAUGAUACUCACAUGGUGAAACAAGUCAUUUGUAUGCUGGUAGUUGUUGUGGCAUUGUUUGCAGUGUGCUGGGCUCCUCUUUUAAUAGACAAUUUACUUAUGGCAUACGAUGUUCUUCCAUAUUUAAGGAUUGGUCCAUUGAAACAUAUGUCUAUUGCUUUUAGUCUUAUGGCUUACUUUAACAGUUGCAUAAAUCCAAUUGUUUAUGGAUUUAUGUCAAAAAGUUUCCGGGAAAGCUUUGUCCUAGCAGUUUGCUUCUCAUCAGAUAUCAAAUCUGGACAUCGAGAAAGCAGCUACAGCUUAAAAUAUCUUUCAAGGAGGGGCUCGCAAACAAGAAGUACAUCUAUUAGGUGAAACGCUGACGCUUUUCUACAAAACAUUCUAGUCAUAUAAAAGUAUUGUUUAACGUGCAGUUAUUUAAAAUGAGCACUAGCAAUAAACUGCAUGUAUGCACUAGGUAUUAUAAUUAUCUUAGUGACACAUGUUUGAAAGUGAUCUAUUUGUGAUCUAACCUUGCAUGUGAUGUAAAUUUAAUAAACUGUCGAUUAAAAUAAAUGUUAUUUAUAUGGAGAACUGUAAAAAUAAUAAAGGUACUUUCACUUUCUGUGACAACUGUAUGUACCUAAAUUUUGGAUUAGAUCAAUUGUGAGAAAUAUGAAUUCUUAAUUUUAUUUUUAAAUAUAUUUUUCUUCCUGCAUCUAUUUAAAUAAAUAAAAUUUAAAUUA